UGCCGUGAAAAAUAAGAAGAAAGGGUUUAGCGUUUGGAUGAUCUUGUUCCAGUAGAAAAAGAUGUUGCGGAGUUUAGACACCAGUCACAUCACCCUCCUUCGUUCCUUCCUCCUCUCUCCUUCUAGUUUUUCUUGUCAUUCCUCUUUCGGUUUGAAAACAAUCACUAGUCUGUCACAAUCAAAAUCAAAAUCUCACUCUUUUCUUUCACUUUGCCCAACACAAGAAAAUGCGUUGCCUCAUUUUCGUUCAUCCGUUAUACGCUGCGUUUCGUCAUUUCCUACACUCCACUGGAACCACGCCGUUUCUUGCUCCCAAGUUGAUGCCCCUGCUCAUGAUCAGGAUACCACCAAACCUGCCAUUCCUGUUAGAGCUUUCUUCUUCUCUACCAGUGUUGAUUUAAAAAGCUUGGUGGAGCAGAACAAACCAAACUUUGUGACACCAUCAUCACGUAUGACCAAUUAUGUAGUUCUCAAGUUUGGCAAUCUUGCCGAUUCCAAGGCUCCUGGUUCUUCUUUCUUGAAUGGAACAAAUGGCAGUUACAUGAUAGUUUUUCAGUAUGGCUCCAUUGUAUUGUUUAAUGUCUGCGAACACCAGGUUGAUGCCUAUUUGAAAAUUGUUAGGAAACAUGCAUCUGGUUUGCUUCCUGAUAUGAGAAAGGAUGAGUAUGAAGUUAGAGAGCAAUCAGCUUUAAGCACAUGGAUGCAAGGAGGACUAGAUUACAUAAUGUUACAAUACUUGGACGUUGAUGGAAUUCGAACUAUUGGCAGUGUACUAGGUCAAAGUAUUGCUCUUGAUUACUAUGGCCGGCAGGUUGACGGAAUGGUUGCAGAAUUUACUGACAUAAAUCGCGAGAUGGAAGCGACUGGAAAGUUCAAGAUGCAAAGGAAAAAACUUUUCCAGUUGGUUGGCAAGGCAAAUUCAAAUCUUGCUGAUGUGAUUCUAAAGCUUGGACUAUUUGAGAGAUCAGAUAUUGCAUGGAAAGAUGCCAAAUAUGGUCAGAUAUGGGAGUAUCUCAGGGAUGAAUUCGAGUUAACUCAGAGAUUUGCAAGUCUUGAUUUCAAGUUGAAAUUUGUGGAGCACAAUAUCCGAUUUCUACAAGAAAUUCUUCAAAACAGGAAAUCCGAUUUCCUAGAGUGGCUCAUUAUUGCAUUGAUUGGUGCUGAAAUUCUGCUGUCUCUUUAUGACAUUGUUCAACGGUCUGCAAUGAAUCUUUAGCAGCAUUGUUUCUAUUUAAACAUUGUUAUUUGGUACACAUGUCAAAGAACUAAACAACAGAGGAUAAGAGAUCAAUGAGCAACCAUAACAAAACAUGAACCAAGUGAUCAAACAGUUUUAUUUAUAUUGAUGAAGCUUUGGUGUACAAAAGUUCAUCAUAUUUAUUUUCUGUCUUGGGUGUUGUAGCAUAACAGAACUUUGUGCUACUCAUCAAGAUAUUGGUGGCCCAUGCCAAUGCAUUCAAAUAUCUCUUGUAAAUAGCAUUUGAAACCAUUUUACUCGGUUCUAUACUAGUUAGUUUGUAUAACUUACUAUAUAUGCAGUAUAAAACUAUACUGGCAUGUUUGUUAAUCAAAAUCAUCUUCCUAUUCA